AUGAAAAGCAUUGCAAAGCACUCCACCAUUUCACUCGUAAAAUCAUGCACCAAAUUGAAAGAACUGAAGCAAAUACACGCCAAGUUGGUUGUUGAAGGCAUCCUCAACCACCCUCCCAUCCAUGGCCAAUUCGUUGCCACCAUAGCCAUUCACAACCCUUCCAAUCUUGACUAUGCCAACCAUGUCCUUAACCAAUGUGACCACCCCACCAUCUUUACCCUCAACUCCAUGAUCAGAGCCUACUCCAAGAGCCCCUCUCCCCACAAAAGCUUCUAUUUUUACACCAAGAUUCUCCAUUCCCACUGUCUCCACCCUGAUAACUACACCUUCAACUUCUUGGUUCGCACGUGUGCUCAGCUUCAGGUGCACGUGACUGGUUUGUCUGUUCAUGGUGCACUCGUAAAGCACGGGUUUGAGCAUGACCCACACGUGCAAACCGGGUUGAUUUUCAUGUAUGCUGAAAUGGGUUGUCUUAAUUCGUGCCAUGGAGUGUUUGAAGGGAUUGCUGAGCCAGACUUGGUUUCUCAAACGGCCAUGUUGCAUGCUUGUGCUAAAUGUGGUGAUUUUGAGCUUGCAAGGAAGAUGUUUGAUGAAAUGCCUCAAAGAGAUCCUAUUGCAUGGAAUGCAAUGAUUGCAGGGUAUGCACAAUGUGGAAGGUCAAGGGAAGCUUUAAAUAUGUUCCACUUGAUGCAAAUGGAGGGUGUCAAGCUUAAUGAGGUCUCCAUGGUUUCAGCAUUGUCUGCUUGUACCCACUUGGGAGCAUUGGAUCAGGGAAAGUGGGUUCAUUCAUAUGUGGAGAGGUACAAGCUUGGGAUGACAGUCACACUAGGAACUGCACUCAUUGACAUGUAUGCAAAAUGUGGGAGCAUUGAUAAGGCCAUGGAAGUAUUUUGGGGAAUGAAGGAAAAGAAUGUUUACACUUGGAGUAGUGCCAUUGGUGGAUUGGCCAUGAAUGGUCUUGGUGAGGAGAGUCUAAAUCUUUUUUCCUCUAUGAAACAAGUUGGAGUUCAGCCAAAUAAAGUCACCUUUCUGUCUGUCUUGAAAGGGUGCAGUGUGGUUGGAAUGGUGGAGGAGGGUAGAAAGCAUUUCAACUCAAUGAGGAAUCUUUAUGGGAUUGAUCCACAACUUGAGCACUAUGGCUUAAUGGUUGAUAUAUAUGGUAGAGCAGGGUGUCUUGAGGAAGCUUUAGACUUCAUCAAUAGCAUGCCUAUGAAACCUCAUGUUGGUGCAUGGAGCGCCUUGCUUCAUGCUUGUAGGAUGUAUAAAAAUAGAGAAAUGGGUGAGCUUGCACUGAAAAAAAUAGUGGAACUAGAAGACAAGAAUGAUGGUGCUUAUGUCCUUUUAUCAAAUAUAUAUGCUGAUUAUAAGAAUUGGGAAAAAGUUAGUAGUUUGAGGGAGACCAUGAAAGCUAAAGGUGUGAAGAAGCUCCCUGGUUGUAGUGUCAUAGAAGUUAAUGGUGAAGUUCACGAGUUUUUUGUUGGGGACAAGUCUCAUUCAAGAUAUGAUGAGAUUGAAUUAAAGCUAGAAGAAAUCUCUAGGUGUCUUAGAUUAGCAGGGUAUGUGGCUAACACUAAUCAUGUGCUUUUUGAUAUAGAAGAAGAGGAGAAAGAGGAUGCUUUGGGUAAACAUAGUGAAAAGGUAGCUAUUGCCUUUGGAUUAAUUAGUUUGAAAGGGGUUCCCAUUAGGGUUGCUAUGAACCUGAGGAUUUGUUGGGAUUGCCAUAAUGUAGCAAAAAUGAUAUCCAAAAUUUUUAACACAGAAAUUUUUGUUAGAGACAGAAACAGGUUUCAUCAUUUUAAAGACGGUGAAUGCUCUUGUAAAGGUUAUUGGUAA